CAACCGAUUUGACGAGCAAGCCAUAGCACAAUGCAGUUAGCUAGCUAGAUUCAUUCACCUCAGCCUUUGAGAAGAGGUAAACAGUCAUUUUAAUACGCUUGAGGAGCUAUUUUGUUUUUUUUUCCGCAUGUGACACGUUCAUGGGCUAAUGUAACUUGCUAACCAAGCCGGCUAACGUUAGCUAGCUAACUGCAUUGCAACCGCAGCAUGAAGCUAGCCAUUAUAUAGGCGCUCCACACUGUAUUGUUAGGUCGUAAACAUCUCUUUGAGAUAUAGUAACUUUGUAUCUCUUACUGUUGAGGUUGCAGUUUGUAGACAGCUGCGUCUUGUGAGCUAUUAAUAUCCAUGUUAGGAUGAGUUAGCAGAAGUCCAGAGAAAGUAAUUCGGUUAGAAAGGCUUGGAGUGAGGACAGAGCUGAUAGAACUGCGGAUGUCAAGUUUACUUCGGUACUGACAGAAGAGAGUGAGCGAAUUGACGCAGAGGGCAGUUGAAAGUAUAAGGCAGGAGAGCAACAUGAAAGUCAUGGAGAAAAAUGUGAUGCGUCUAGUCGCUGUGCAACACCUCCGCACAGCGUACGGGAUCAAGACAAAAAACUGGAACAAAAACAGAGCAACCAGCUGUAAGUCAACAGCCAGCAACUCGACUAAGGUUUUUGGGAUGUCCCUGGAGAGCUUACCGUACUACAAUAUGGAAUGUGGGAGUGUGCCAAGCUUUCUGGUCGAUUCAUGUAUGAAACUGCUGGAACAUGUCGACACAGAGGGCCUGUUCAGAAAAUCCGGCUCCGUCGUUCGCCUGAAAGCGCUCAGGGCAAAAUUGGACGUGGGUGAGGAGUGCCUGUCCACUGCACUUCCCUGUGAUGUGGCCGGCCUGGUGAAGCAGUUCUUCAGGGAGCUGCCGGAGCCCGUUCUGCCCACAGAGCUGCAGGAGGCCUUCCUCAAGGCCCAGCAGCUCCACUCUGAGGAGGAGAGAACCUCUGCCACCACACUGCUGUCCUGUGUGCUACCAGACAGAAACCUAACCACCCUGCGUCACUUCUUUGACUUCCUCCACAAUGUGUCUAAGAGGAGUGCAGAAAAUAAGAUGGAUAGCAGUAACUUAUCGGUAAUCUUGGCUCCCAACCUCCUUCACUUCGGAGACGGUACAGAGAAGAUGAACGCCAACACUGAGAAACGCCUCAAGCUGCAUGCAGCCAUAGUACACUGCUUCAUAGAGAAUGCCCACAACUUCGGUGUUUUGCCACCGUUUCUUCAAGAGAAAGUUUCAGCCAUGAUGGGCUGUGAGGCGGGGGUGCUGUCCCCUACUCACGAUGAGCUUGAGGAGCUGGACUUGAACUCAGGGAUGAAGAAGAGACACAGACGCAGCUUCGGAGUCUUUUCCUCUGCAACUCCUGUGAUUGCAACACCGUCGUCAAAGCGAAAGCUUCCCGUGGAAUCCGGCCACUCUUUCGGAUUCUCAAACAAGAAACGUAGAUCUGUCAAAAAGAACCUUGGGAUAGAUUUACUUCCCAAUACUUUGUUCAACGGGACUUCUACUCCUGGAUCAGCUUACAGUGCUUCAGGGGUGUUGGACUCUUCUCACACUCUGUCACCAGCAGGAAGGUCCAGAAGGCAAUCAGCCACCUCUGUGAGGAGGAAGAGCCGACGACUUAGCAACAGACAUGCUGUCAACAGGGUUGAGUCUGGAAGAGCUGGCUGCUUUUCUCCUAAAACCAGCAAAAAAGACGCACCACGCAAAUCUCUGCGCUUGCGUUUUAGCCUGGGGAAGAGCAGCAAAGACGCUGGAUCUGAGUCCAUUGGCUGGCGACUUGCCACUCAGGAGAGCACCACCAGUUUUCGUUUCACCAAAGAGACAGAGUUCAGUCCAUCGGUUCUGCCAAGAAAAGCUGAAUCCAAAAGCUCCAAGUACAUCAGUAAGUCUGAAGACAACUUGAUGACCCCCCAGUGUGACUCAAGUGCCCACCGGACCUCAUGGAAUGGGGACACUCCUGUAGGAUCCGAGGCUUUCAGCAGAGGAUCUUUCACAGACACCCCCAUGAACAUGUUCCUUAAGAGCAACUACGUAUCUGAGCCAGCCAUCGUCAUAUCAAAGCCCCCAGCGGUGGCCAGCCUUCCCAAGAAGCUGUGCUGUGCUUCCAGCGCUGAGAGCCUGGAGAGUGAGAGCUCCAUCACCGAAGCCCAGAGCCGGGCCGGUCCCACCCUGCUGAAAAUAAAGACGGAGUCGGGCAGUAACCUCCAGGCUGUCAAAGAGGACCCCUGCAACUCCACAGGAACAAAUACAACUAAACCGUCAGACAGCAUUACAGUCGCUCCACCAGAGACUCCUGCAGGAAGCAUUCUCGCAUCCAGCUUCCCAACCCAGCCGAGCCUUCUGGCUAAUGAACAGAACAUUACCUUUGGCCAGAUUGAAAUUGCUGCUUUGUCUCCUUUGCAUAUUGACAGUGUGGUUUUUGAGUCUGGUGCAUACUGUAGUCCAGCAGUCAAGGCCGAUAAAAGUUCUCUCUGCGCUGCUCCUACUAGUAGCCACAGCAGCUCCAUGGUGGAGGAGACUGAAAGGGAGGUAGAGCAGGUGAACUGCAGCAGGCUGAUUGAUGCUCUGGACAUCCAGAGUCCUGCUCUCUUCAAACUGGCCGUCUCCUCCGGGCUGCAGUCCACUCCGUACAAACUGGACCUUGAACUCGGAGAUGAGCUUGAUUCACAUCCUAAAAUUGGUACCAUUGCCGGUGCUGCGCAUGAAAAAAAUGAAUCCUCCCCAGUGAUUGGUGCCAUAGUCCAAAACCAACAACCCCUUUCGCCCUGCAGCCUGGAGACGGAAAUACGACGCGUGGCGGACCACGUUCAACACUUCAACAAGCUCACCCUUCAUUCUCCCAGCGGCUCCAGGUCCUCGCAGAUCAGAUCACCGCUCAAGUUCCAGCGCACCCCUGUGCGCCAGGCUGUGCGCAGGAUGAACUCUCUCCUGGAAGAGCGCAGGAGACCCACAAGAAAUGCAAAGCUGGUCAGCGGCCAGAGCGGUCCAGUGGUGAAGGCAGUGAGCCUGGAGAGCGGCCUCUCCCCUCGACCACAGCUUCAGCCUCACCGGGGAGAGGCACAACUGCCCAGCAGCAAUUGCCCCAUAAAGAAACCACCUCCAGUCCCGCCCAAAAAGCCGAGCACUUUGGCCCGUAAACCCCAGGCCUGCGCUCUGGGUGACGUGACCAACAAGGUUCAACCAAAGAGCAGAGUGGACUGUUCUGGCCCUGAUCCAUCAGGAGCUCAGAAGCAUCUUGUGCAGCAGGCGGUAGAGAAGAGCAUGAACCAUUACAGAGGUUCACCCAGAAACCCUCUCACCCAAGGACGCCUGCUGUCAGCGACCAAGCCUAUAGAUUUAUAGUGCAAAAUCUUAAUGCCUUUUAUGUUUCCUCCUUACUAUGCAGGUCUCUGUCUGGUAGGACUACGUGACAUUAAACAUUCCCUCUCAUGUUAUCUAUAUUUUCAGGGGUCUUAAUUUAUUUUUAGCUGUGUUAGGUGCUGUUUGUGUUGUGUUAGGGCCUUAAUGGGAGAUGUUCAGAUGCCUUAUGUUUGUUUUACUCUAGUAAAGCAAGUUUAGAAGUCAAAUAUCAACACACAUCAGCCUACAGGAUGAUAUGUCGUGUAGUGUUUAGACUUGUUAGUACGCAGGCCCAAUUCUGUGAAAUGUGAUUGGUGGUAUGACUGGAAAUGUUUAGAUCAAGUCUUAUGCUUUUAUUUAUGCGUUUUAUAUCUAAUCCUUAGUUAGACUUCUGAAAAAAAUGUUUACUGAAUUUGCAGCUUUUUCUUUAUUGCAGAAUAUUUUUUUACUGUCUCUCCAUGAACAGAAAGAAGAACAAAAAAAUGCAGCUUUUGUUGGAUUUUAUGGGGGAAAAAAGAGCCAAGCAGUAUUGAUCAUCCGUCUAUCUCAGUCCAUUUAUUUCAAACAAACAAUAAAACACCAUGUGAACCGCUUCAGACAAAUAAAAUCA